ACUCCAGCGGAACCCCUAAUUGGACCAAAAGAUCCACGGCCAUUGCAUCGAUUGCAAUUAACCAACAAUGCUAUUGCAUGCACAUACUAGUCUAUAGCUAGACCAUGUCAUCGUCCACGAGAUCUUGUGCUGCUGCUGCUGGUGGUAGUAAUAGAGACACUGAUGACCAUGAAGAGGAUGAAGCUGAUGAUGAUGAUGAUCGAAGUAUAGGAGAAGAAGGAGAAGAAGAAGAGAAGAAGAAGAGCAGCAUGAAACGCGUGCUAGACUCUCUUCACCGUGAAAUGGACGUGGCUUCGUACUCCAAGACAGCCAAAGGUCAGUACCGUCGAGUGACACCCAAGAAUCUCAGUAAAGGGAAAACCAGAAAACGAAAAUUGUUGGAACGAGAAGAUCACGAAAUGGCAGAGCCAUUGCCAGACUUAGAAGACUUAGAAGAAACACAAACACACGGUAAAAACACCAAUGAUGAUCACUCCACUGAUCUUAUGGGCAAGGAAGGAGGAGAUGGUGCAAGUGCUACAGGCAAUUCUAUACUAGCUAGUAGUGCAAGUGACAAUAAGAGGAAGAGACUGAGAGGAAGCAGACUGGCUCUAGAAGAUGAAGUAGUGGAGGCUUCCAUGCCAAUCACUAACCUUAUGGUGGCCAAAGCCAAUGCCAAGUACAAUCAGAUUCAAAAAAUUCAUGAGCAGCAAAAACAAACACAAAAAGAUCAGAAUGAUGAAAAAGAUUUACCAUUGGAAGAAGAAGAAGAUGAGCAAGAGGAGCAAAAUGAAGAGCCUGAGGAACCAGACAAUGAUCAGGACCAGGCCAAUGACAAUGACAAUGAUGAUCAGGAAGACCCAGUAGAAGAGGACGAAAAUGAUGAGGAUGAUGAUGAUGAGGAUGCUGAAGAAGAGGAGGAAGAAAAUGACACUGAACCUCAACCAAUGGACAAGACACUACCUGACACCAACUCCCACACGACACAAGAAUCAAGUACAACUACAACUACAACCACCAAUCCAUCAUCAGACACCACCAAUAAGGUCCAAAAGAAAAAACGAGGACCCUACAAGAAACGAGCCAAAACCAACAAGAAACCUAGACAGCAAAAUGCCAACAGUCAAAAGGCACGAAGACGACUCUUUCGUCUCAAAAAUUUCAAGUCAUACAAAAUGGCACAACGACAUGGACAAGCAUUGGGGGCACAUGCCAGGGGAUUGCCAAAGCUCGCAAUUGCCAGGUUACAACAAAUUGCAAAGGAUGCUCCCUCGGCGCCACAAGUAUACAGUUCACUAGGAAUGGUAUACACUGACAUGUACCAAACUUGUUGGAAGAAAUUCAAUCCACUAAACAACAACAUCAAACAAGACAGUAACCAAUCAACACCAACGCAACCACAAGACAAGCCAGACACUGAAGCAACGCAAGAUGAGGAAACAACACCAACACAAGAACAACCGCCAAAAGAUCAGCCAAACAAUAAGCCCGCGUCCAAAAAGGUACAUUUCGCUCUGGACCAAGAAACGUCAUCAUCGGAGCAGCAGCAAUCACAAUCUGCACAAGACCACGACAACGAAUCGACGACGGCGUAUCCGGAAGAACUGCGGGAAGCCAUUGAUUUGGCGCAAAAGGCAUAUGGAUCCUAUCACAUUGCCGCCAUUCUAUGCAAAAAGGACUAUUCACUAUGGGUACGAGCUGCCGAUACCGCCGUAGAUAUUGCCGAUCUCUACCAACUGGCUGCCACAUACAACAAUAAUCAACUCAUUGAUGAUCUCACACGAAAGGAACAAGAACGAUGGUUCACAGAAGCCAAGGGAGAUCUACAAACAGCAGACAAUCUCAAACCACCCACACUCGACGUACCCAUCAAAUUGGCACGACUCUACGUAGAAUUGGGAUGCCUCUCCGAAGCCAUUACGCUAUGGAUGGAUUUACUCCAACGACAACGACAAAAAAAGGAAUUUCGACACAAUGCAUGGAUGUUAUAUGCCGAUUGCAUGCUACGAAUCGGAUACGAAUGUCAGGAAUGGAAUACGGGACGAGGACAAGAGCGACAACAAAAUUACAUGUUUCGACGAUGGUUGCGAAAAUUCUCACACAAGUUUGAUUGGCAAGAACGACGAUUGCAAGGGCUCGUCUUGGCACUGGCGGCGGCGGCGGGAACCAAAGCCACGGGGGCGCUCAUGGAGUGGAUGCGACAACGAGCUCUGCAGCGGCAUUUGCAGAAAAUGGCAACUAUGGCCAAGGAACAGGCCGCAGUGGAUUUUGCCCUUGCGUUGGUCCAAGGCGAUGACGACGACGAAGAAGAUGAAAAGGAUGAAAACGACAAUAGCAAAGACGCAAGUGGGUUGGAUGAAACGACUGACAAAACCGACAACACGGAUGAAAAGGAUCGCAUGGAAGAUGGCGGUGACGAGGAGACGAACGGGGACACAAGGACCACGGAAGCCGCUGAAGCCACGAACAACUCUGGUAGCAGCGCGGAUGAUAGCAGUAAGGAAGGAGAAAACGAGGUCGAUUCUACAACCAACCAAUCUACGGAAAUGAAGGACGAAGCAGAGACUGAGACGGCAGCCGCGACAGAUGACAAAGGCGAGACGCGAGCGGCUUUGGACACUGCUGGGGAAAAGGGAGAAUCCGCGGAAGAGCACAAUCCGACCCAGGCAACCGCUGGCGAUUCUAGCGACGAUGACAGUGAUGACUCUGUGCCAAUCGCGAAGCUCAAAGAACAAUACCAGCAAACGCGAUUAGAGCCCGAUACUAGCAUGGCAAGGGAAGAGGACCAUUCAAAUGACAAAGCGGAAACCGGGGCUUCCCUUGAGGACCAUGACGUGCCCGUGGGGCGUUCUACGAAGGAGGCAGUUGCCGACACAGCCGAGGUGGAUGACGAGUACGACCAGGAAAAGCGCUUCCUACUGGAGAGCAAUGCAUCGGAGCUAGCAGCCUUCGACCAGACCACUGAGCAGAUGAUGGAGGUCUUAGGGAAAGGAAGUAACGAUGAAGAUGGUGAAUGUGCUAGUGGUAGCCAGGAAGCCAUCAAGGAACGAAAGGAAGCGCGGAGGAAAAUGACUCGCUAUCAUCGAGCGCAAGUGAAGAAGCUUGCCACCGAAUACCAAAAGAAGGACGACUCUGCAGAUGAUCAAACGCCUGAGAAACAACAGAAGGAUGAAGAGCAAGAAGGCGGCGGUGAAAACGAAGAUCUCGCAAUGGCUUCCUCUGACGGCCAAGAAAGCCCUGUGGCUGCUUCUUGCCGAGUCGUUACCCAAAUUGCGACCGAACUGAUGAAGCUUCUCUUGGAAAUGAAGCUGUACCGUGGGGGGCGCCUAGCGGGGGAGGCAGUGUCGCUGUAUAUGAGAGAACGGGCGCGAAUACACGACAAGAAGGUUGAGCAGCGACGAAUCUUGGAACAGCAGUCCGAUCCUUUGGCCCGACUCUUCUCCUCGCAGCCACCAACUUAUGACGACGUUCAGCAAGAUGCUGACUUUAGCGAUGAAGAGGAAGCUGCAGCUACCUAUCUUUCAGAUGACGAAAAUCUCGAAUCUGAGACGGUUGGACCACGACUACUGCAGUCACUUCGAAGAGGAGCGCUUCCUCCAGAAGUAAGUGUUCUGUUUUCGCUUUGUCUGAUUCAUGAAGGUGGCAGGAAUUAUGUCGCCAAGAAAUGCAUGGAUAUGAUUGACCAGUUGGAACCAGAAGGGAAGGGCUGGGUAUCUGAUACAGCAACCACCAAGGCUGUGUCCAAAGAUGCAGACUGGCAACUGUAUCGCGCUUCUGCGACGGACUCUCUGGGAAGGAUUGCUGCUUAUUCGUUGGUGGCUGAGACACUCACGGGCUCGGGAAAAGAUACGGAGUGGGCAUCACAUUUUGCACCAAUGUUUCAGAAACUGGUGGAUUAUCUAGAAGAUAACGGGUUGAUUUGCGCCCCUGUCGAAACAACCAGCUUUGAUUCGAUGUCGUCAAGGUUCCGCAUUCGGCAAAUUCUCAAGUGCAUUACUUCUUUGGGACGGCUUCAAGUAAAGAGUGCCCAUGCUGCUUAUUUCGCCGCGAUCAAAUCAUAUUCAAAACAAGAUAUCGUCGAUGCAAAGGUAUCCAUCCUUCAAUCCAUCAAGCUGCUCAGACGGCAUUUGCGCAUUUCGAGCGCGGAAACGCUCUUGGUCGAUGCCAAUGGCGCAAUCUCGAAGGAUUUUGUCGAGGUUUUGAAGAUCUUUGAUGAAGGAUAUUCGGUAAUUGUGCACGAUGACGACUUCCCCCUAGACAAGUCCAAGUUGGAGGAGCUCGCCGAUGAAGGGAACCAAAUCGUGUCCUGGAUGUCCUUGAACACAGCAGGCCUCUUGAGCUCUGGUGGGCAGAGCUCCACGUUGUUUGAUAGCACAGCUUGGGAUAGCAUCCCGCUCCCAUCAACGUGGCAAUCGGUACAUCAUAAAGCAAUGUCCCUUCGAUGCUACAACUUGUGCAUCUCUUUCAACGUGUCACAUUUCUCGGGAUGGGAACCUCAUGAAUUCUCAUUGAGGCUCAUGAAGAGUGCUAGCUGUACAUUCUUUGGUUUAAAAGUGAACAACGGAAGGGUUGCUGGGUUCCUUCCAGAAGACCUUGAAACGGAACUGGAACGGCAAUGGAAGAGCCUAGGCGACUUCCUUCCAGCGGCUGCAGAUUUCAAAUUCAACAUACGUUUAGCCCAGACAAAGCAAUCGUCAUGGUAUAAGGAAGGUCUGGAGAAGCACAAGGAAGCAACCGAGGACGAACCUAUUUCGGUUUACGCAGAACACGAAGGACUGCAUAUCGUUCUCGCGCAUUCCAUGCUGUGCCUGGAGCUGGCGCGGCAGAAAGAAACCCAUGAACGAUACGAACUGCUCAUGAGCAGUUUGAGUGUGCUUCUUCCAAUUACUCAGUUCUACCUCAACCAGCACAUCUGGGAUUCCGAUGUUGGCAAGGCAACAGCCAUGGAUGUAGCUGCGAACUUCAUGAAUCAAGUGUACCGGAAAAGACUAUUGCGCGACCCAUCUUCUAGAACUCGAAAACGCAGGCCGCCUAAAGAACCAGCAAAACCUUUGGACGAAUGGUUUCCGGGCGAGGAUCGAGCCAAUCCACUUUCCAACACUGUGUCGAUACCUUCGAGCGAACUGCAACGACUCUGGGGCAUACCAACGGACUUCAGUCGCAAAAUUCCUACCCAAUUUGGGGGUAGGCAGAUGAAGAAGGUCCACGAUGCCAUGGAACAGCUGCGGGUAUGUUACACAGACACAGCAGUCGAAAAGGCCAGUCUUCAGGUGGCUUGUGCCUUGUUGGAUUUGGCCCAGGUCAACAACACGUGCGAGAAUCCGUUUCUUGUCAUACAACAGGCCGCCAUUUUUGCUGGCCACGGAACCAAACGAGGGAACAGCGUGGACCUGUUUCGAGAACCCUUGCCUGAACCGUCAAAGUGUCUUCCUUACGAGGCCCUGGUGAUUCUGGGUCGCGCCGAUUGUUUCCAAGCUGUAUACUUUCCGUACGAAGCGGCCUUCCUCUGCGCCUAUGUGGCACGUGUAUGUAAUAUGCAUCGAGAGGCAAAAUCUGCAGCCGACGACGACGGCGGCAACAUGCAGCCUGAAAAUGAAAACGACAACAAGAUCUGCAACAACAAUAACAACAACCGCGUUGAAGCCAAAGCUCCGUCGGAGGCAAAAGACGACGAAAAGAAGACAAAGAGCACCUGGAGCAACCAAUGGAUGAUUGUGGGGGUGCUGUGUUACAAUGUGAGCAUCAUGAUUCGCGCCACGGCCGCUGACAAGACUGUUGGAAUCAAGACUUCUAGGACUGAAGAAUCGUUUGCUCCCUGGGACCAAGACGUGGUUGACGAGCUCUUGCUGGCACGUGCUGACGCUGUUGCUUGGAAGUCAUCUUUGGGCCAGGAAGAAACGAACUUUUCGUUUGAAAACUGCAGCAAGAAAGAUUAUGCUUAUGAAGACGAAACAGCCCUCUUUGACGAAGGCGAUGACGCUGACAACAUCGCUGACGAGAAUGGGGUGGAAGGCAGCGGCGGCGAUGCCGAGAUCCCUGCACUUGUCGCGACCGGUUUUGAUACCGGCGCUCCAAUGGAAGUCGAACAAGCGAGCGAAGCAGCUGAUGACAUUGUAACUGCGGCCAAUUCCACGGAGAAGUUGGACAACGAUAUGCCAAAGGAAGCACCCUCCGGGACGAAAGUUGUUGCAGUAUAGUUAAUGACAAGGGGAUCGACCGCAUUAGCCAUACUGUAAAUUUGCAGCUACCUCUAUCGUCUCAUAGUUCAUGAAUACUUUGACGACCCAGACGCGGGAGU